GUCAUACACUGUUUAGCGCAAGAUGGCGACCUCCGGUAAACAGUAUGGGCUCAUUUUGCCCCAGAAGAAGGCUUCAAAAUCAACCCCUCUCCCCCGACACUCUGUGUUUGGUGAUGAUUCCGAUGAUGAGACCUCUGUUGGAGAGAGUUUGCAGAAGGAGGCAGUCAAAAAGAAGACGAUGAAGCAGACCCGUCUUGAGAUGCAAAAGGCACUUGAAGAGGACAGCACUGUUUAUGAGUAUGACAAUGUGUAUGAUGAUAUUCAGAAAGAAAGAGUGGAGAGUAAUAAAAAAAUGCUGAGUGGCACAGACAGGAAGCCAAAGUAUAUUAACCAGCUGAUCCGUGCCGUGGAGGAGAGAAAAAAGGAACAGGAGCGACGUGAUGAGAGGAAGAUCCAAAAAGAGAGAGAAGCCGAGGGCGAGCAGUUCGCUGAUAAAGAGGCUUUUGUCACCUCAGCUUAUAGACAGAAGCUUAAAGAAAGACAGGAGGAGCUGGAGAGAGAGAAAAGAGAAGCUGAGCUGGAAGCUGCCUUGGAUGUGAAAAAGCAGAAGGAUCUCAGUGGAUUUUAUAGACAUCUUCUCAACCAGACAGUUGGCGAAGAGGUUGUGCCUGAUCGUAGUGCACCAAAAGAGGAGAAAGCUACAAGCUCUGCAGCAGUGGCAGAAACAUCACCAACCCCUGAAUCUCCACCAAAACGAAGAGACAGUAGGACAGAAUCCCACAGUGAUGAGGACCAGACUGACAACAAAACAGAGUUCACAAAGACCACCGCAAACAACAACCACUCAAAGCGGCACUACAGACGGAAAUCUCCAGACAGUGAGGACGAGCAAGAAAGGGAGAGGAAGGAGGACAGAGAAAGAAGUCACAAAGAAAGAGACAAGGGUAGGGGGAAUGAAAAAGAGAGGACGAGGGAAAGAGAGAGGGAGGACAGGCACAGUUACCGGAAGGAAGAUAGGGACCGUAGACGAGAACGAGAAGACAGAGGCCGAGACAGGAGGGAAAGGGACAGAGAUCCAGAUGACAGGCACAGUAAAAGGGACAGAGAUCCAGAUGACAGGCACAGUAAAAGGGACAGAGAUGCAGAUGACAGAUACAGUAAAAGGGACCGAAGAGACAGCAGCCCAAAAGAGAGAGUGCGGGACAAAAAAGGAGAACAGGAACGAGACAAGGACAAAGAAAGCCAAAAAAUGGAGAGCGAAAGGAAAAGCAUGGAUGUGGAGAAAAUGGCAGAGAGUAAGGCUGACAGCGAUAAGGAAAAGGCAGUGGACACUGAAGAGAAAAGUGAUGCACAGCAGGAAGUUAGUAAAUUUGCUAAACGCAGCAGUGAAGAGACUGUAAAUUCAGCCAGAGAUAGAUAUAUGGCACGACAGCUUGCUCGUGCUUCUGCAAGGCCUUAUGUUGAAAAAGAGGAGGAUUAGAAAAUGGUUUGGUUAUGUACCUUUACAAGACAAAACGGGAAUUAUAAAAAAUGAAAUGACCUAAAUAUUUGUGAAUUAUUCAAUG